AUGCCAACAUCAAAUGAAGCCUACCUGUAUCCUGAGACAACCCAACAAGAAGACGAAAUGAAAAUGCGUUCCCCUCUGCCAACAGAUCCCAGUCGUACUGAGUCUAUGAAGGAUUUAGCUGAGACAACAGUUGAACAGAAUGGUCUUCGUGAAUUUCUCUCUACAGAAUCAAUCCAAUGUGUCAAUAAUACUGGUAAUUCAAAGCUGACGAAUAUGACAAAUAUGAAUACAUCAAUGAAUAGUAUAAAUGAUGUAACCAUGAAAUCAGAACAAAGCAAUAAUUUGACGAAUAGUAGUAGUGGAGGUGGGGGUGCUGGGAACACUGGUGGUGGAAGUAGUAAAAGUCAAAAAAUGUCUCACCCCGCACAUAAUCACCAUCAUCACCAUCAUAAUCAUAAUCAUUCGCAUUCAUCCCAUCAACAUCAUAACAGUAAUGGUGGAGUUGUUGAAAAAAUGUCUAGAACAAAUUUGUACAUAAAAGGAUUACCUGAAAAUUUUGAUGAUGAUCAACUAUGGCAAUUACCACCAGAUCAAACAAAAAUUAAAUCGGUUAAAGCGGCUACUGAUGAAGAUACAAAAUGUCGUGUGAAAAUAUUUAUGAUACCCACAAUUAAUAUGAUUCUCCUAUGUGAACAUUCAGAAAGAAAUAAAACAAAGAAAAUGUAUGUAUAUUUUGUAUCUGAUUUAUGGAACUGCAUUGAGUGGCGAUCCUAA